GGUCUGGUAAGGAGGCCCCAUCCAGCUCUCACUUACCUUCUCCCUGCAGCUACCUGAAUGACCUGGAGCGGAUUGCGCAGAGUGACUACAUCCCUACACAGCAGGAUGUGCUGCGGACCCGUGUGAAGACCACGGGUAUUGUGGAAACACACUUUACCUUCAAGGACCUACACUUCAAGAUGUUUGACGUGGGUGGUCAGCGGUCUGAGCGAAAGAAGUGGAUCCAUUGCUUUGAGGGUGUCACAGCCAUCAUCUUCUGUGUAGCCUUGAGCGCUUACGACUUGGUGCUAGCUGAGGAUGAGGAGAUGAACCGCAUGCAUGAGAGCAUGAAGCUGUUUGACAGCAUCUGUAACAACAAAUGGUUCACGGACACGUCCAUCAUCCUCUUCCUCAACAAGAAGGACCUGUUUGAGGAAAAGAUCACACACAGCCCACUGACCAUCUGCUUCCCGGAGUACGAAG